AUGAUUUUCCUUUGCAGUUUUCGUGUUCAACUUUCAGUUGCGGAAAAAAACGAGUGUACAUUGCAGAAAUCGGUUUUGCAACUCGAUGCAAAAGGCAACAGCCCAGUUACUUUUUCCUGUGCGAGCGGCGUCGGACAUCUGUAUCCCCCUCCCCCAGGCAACUCCGGUGCCAAAAAGGUCUGCGAAACGUCGGAUUGCACGAACGCCGUCGAAGCCACACUUACAGGUGUUGAAUGGCAGCCGUCGGCCAGCGGCGGUUCGAUUACCGCAACAUCGGUUCCACAAGCAAGCACAAUUUAUGUAAAAUGCACGUCCACGCAACAAGAAACAGUCACUCAUGACGUCAGAGGACCCGUCCCCAAGGAUCCUGAAGAGAAAAACUGCACGGUUCAGAUUUCAAUUUGGGGACCACCCAAAGAGGAAUUGACUGAUUACCCUGAACCCAGUAAGUUUCCGAGCAAUUCCCUGCGACCAAAAGUCUUCACAAUACACCUCAAUUGCAGUAGCCGGAAUAGUUGGUUUCAGUUCUUUGUCUGUGGAUUCGUUCUGCACCGGCCCAUGACAAACAUGUUCUCUUUCAGAGACAGGGAAUGGUCUCCGAUAGAACGCGGGUGUGAUUUCGCUAUUGAGCUCCCAUAUACUGUUCUGGUGUUUGCUGUGUUUUUGCUUGUGGUCUUCUGUCCAGGCACCUGCAAGGACGGUGAUACUCUCAAUCUUCAAAUUACCUCUGCCAAUCAAUCGGUAACCUUUGCUUGCGGGGCCAACCAAAAUCUUACUCCACAACUUUUUGAUAAGGUCUGUGAAACCGACACAUGCGAUUCCCAGGCCCUGCUAGCACACACCCUUUCCGGCGCCUCCAUGGUGCAGCACGCCUCCCAAAAAGGAAAAACAGACACCUCAGCCUACACGCUGACAGUACCAAACCUUCCUGAUCAAGCCAAGACACUUUACUAUAAGUGCGCGGGCACCACCAACCAAGGUGGUAAAGUGACAGAAUGCAAGAUAGCCAUAGCAGUCGCACAGGCAGAAGCCGGCGACGGAUCAAGUGGGCCGUCUUCUGAAACCACAACGAUACCCCCCGAGGCCUCUGGAAGUAGCGCUGGAAAAUGGAGCAUGACACGUAUCGCCUCUCUCUUCAGUCUUCCUCUACUGUUGACAAAUAUGAUGUGA